AUGUCAAAACGGGGGUCAGGGGGGCGAGGGAGGGGGGAACGACCUGACGCCAUGGCAACCCUUCAGGCAGCCAAUGAGGAACUGAGAGCAAAACUCACCGACAUCCAGAUAGAACUACAGCAGGAGAAGAACAAGGUCAGCCGUCUGGAGAGAGAGAAGAGUCAGGAGUUGAAGGCGGAGCAUCACCGGGCGACGGUUGCAGUGACGGAGCUGAAGACAAAACUUCACGAGGAGAAGCAGAAGGAGCUUGCGCUGACCAGGGAGACGUUGCUACGGCAACAUGAGAUGGAACUGAUGAGAGUCAUCAAGAUCAAAGACGGAGAGAUUCAGCGUCUGAAUGGCCUGGUGCUCACGCUGAGGGACGCGUCCACUGAUAAGGUGAGGAGUGCCCUGCUGGCCGAGGCUGAGGAAGCAAGGAGGAGCUGGGAGUCAGAGCGUUGUCGCCUCCAGCAGGAGGCGCUGGAGCUGCGAGGAGCCAAACGGAGCGCAGAGGAGGCUCUGGCAUCGGCUCAGCAGGCCUGCCAGGCCAGAGCAGCCGAACUGCGAUCGGCUCAUCAUCAACACCAGGAGGAGCUGAACAAGACCAAGAGAGACUGUGAGCGAGAGAUACGCCGACUGAUGGAUGAGAUAAAGCUUAAGGACAGAGCUGUGAGUGUAUUGGACAAAGCCCUGGGGCUGCAGGCUGGCCACGCCCACCGCCUCCAGCUGCAGACUCAGGCUGCCGAGCAGCAAAUCGCAGCCUUGAGAGACGCACAGAGAGCGGGGCUAAACCACCCUGGCCCCGCCCCUAACACCACCCUUAACACAUCUUCACACAUUGUUCAAGAGGACAGAGACACUCGCAGGUUUCAGUUGAAAAUUGCUGAGCUCAGCGCUGUGGUCCGGAAGUUGGAGGAUCGAAACGCACUGCUGUCUGAGGAACGCAAUGAACUGUUGAAAAGGCUGAGAGAGGCGGAGAGUCAGUUCCUUCCUCUUCUGGACAAAAAUAAACGUCUAAGCCGGAAGAAUGAAGAGCUGGCACUGGCUGUGCGUCGCCUUGACAACAAGCUACGCUUCGUCACCCAGGAGAACCUGGAGAUGGUAACUAUGAGGAGACCCAGCUCAUUGAAUGAUUUGGACCGCAGCCAUUCGACCAGCUAUCAUGGUUACAGCCAGGACGAAAGAGAGAUGGAAUUUCUACGUCUUCAAGUUCUGGAACAACAACAUAUCAUAGAUGACUUGUCAAAGGCUCUGGAGACAGCUGGGUAUGUGAAGAGUGUCAUUGAGAGAGACAUGUUAUUGAGAUACAGACGACAAGAUUCUUUCAGGAGGAAGAGAACCUUCAGAGCCUGCAGGGUCAUAGAGACAUUUUAUGGUUAUGAUGAAGAAGCGUCGGUGGACUCAGAUGGAUCAUCUCUGUCCUUCCACACCGAUAGAACACCUGAUACUGAACCAGAGGAGGUCGGCGUGCGCGAGGAGGUGGAGCUUCGCUACAGACAGCUGACUCAGGAGUACCAGGCCCUGCAGCGAGCCUACGCCCUGCUGCAGGAGACGGCCGGAGGAAGCUUCGACGCAGAGAAGGAGAUCAAGACCAGAGAGCAGCUGCUGGCUGAGAUGAACCGACACCAAACCAGAAUCCAGGACCUGGAGGCAGCACUCAACCAGCAAGGCCUGGAUGUGAAGUGGGUGGAGGAGAAACAGGCUCUCUACCAGAGGAACCAGGAGCUCGUGGAGAAGGUGAGGCAGAUGGAAGGAGAAGAGCUGAGACUGAAGAACGACAUCCAGGAUGCCAGAGACCAAAACGAACUGCUGGAGUUCCGAAUCUUAGAACUUGAGGAGAGAGAGCGACGCUCACCUGCCAUCAACUUUCAACAGUUCCACUGCCCAGAAGGCCUCAGUCCUCUGCAACUGUACUGCGAAGCAGAGGGUGUCACGGACAUUGUCAUCAGUGAGUUGAUGAAGAAGCUCGACAUCCUGGGAGAUAACGCCGUAAGUAAUCUGUCCAAUGAGGAGCAGGUGGUUGUGAUCCACGCCAGGACGGUGCUCACACUGGCGGAGAAGUGGCUGGAGUCCAUCGAAGUGACCAAGUCAGUUCUGCAGCAGAAGAUGUUGGACAUUGAAAGUGAGAAGGAUCUCUUCAGAAAACAGAAAGGUUACCUGGAUGAAGAGCUGGACUACAGGAAGCAGUCGAUGGACCAGGCUCAUAAGAGGAUCCUGGAGCUAGAGGCCAUGCUGUUCGAGGCUCUGCAGCAGGACGAGGGGUCCAGGAUGGACGGCUGGAAGGUGGAGGGGGGGCGUCUGUCUGAGGCGCUGACAGAGGACGAGAGGGAGGAGCUGAGGAGAGCCAUGGACCAGUGGAAGAGAGCGGUGAUGGGUGAGCUGAGGGAGAGGGACGCUCAGAUCCUCAGAGAGAGAAUGGAGCUGCUGCAGCAUGCUCAGCAGAGGAACAAGGAGUUGGAGGAAUGGAUUGAAGCACAGAAACGACAGAUCAAAGAGCUGGAGGAGAAGUUCCUGUUCCUGUUUUUAUUUUUCUCUCUAGCCUUCAUUCUCUGGUCCUAACACAGCUCUGCAGAGUCCAGCAGGGAGUUGAACCAGCGACUCUCCAGUUUCAUCACAUCUUAGGCUGAAUGCAGCUUGCGGUGGCCAUGUUGGCUCCACAGUCUCAGUCAGUCAGCCAAUAAGAGGAGAGCCAGGUGGUCAGCUGACUCCAGAGCUAAUCUUCCCAGAAUUCCCCUGUGCUGCCUCAGAGGGUCUGAGUGACGGACAGCUGCACAGACUUACAACACACUGAGCUAUCUGACUGUUAGCUCCUGUUAGCAGCUAGCUAACCAGGUGGCUAUCACACACACACACACACACACACACACACACACACACCGGCCUCAGCUAGCUGGCUGAACAACAUGGUGCUGGACACACGCAGUUAGCUAACGAGUUUCUCCAGAGUUAACGAGGCUAACCCUGUCCCGCGGUGAGCGAGGCUGGCUGGACGUCCUGCAGGCGUCAUGGAGUCGGACUUUCACACUAACAGCAAACUGAGACACUUUGCACAGAAAUGCUUCCUGCAACACUGUGGCUGUUGCUGUAGAAACCAAUGAUGCUGUCACCAUGGUGACGGCGAUUAUAGCCAACAGAGAAGACGACAUCACCACCUGGAUUAACCAAAUCUGAAAGACAUCAGUGUUUGUUUUGUUUUUUGAGGUUGUAAUCUGAUUACAAAUGAGCUGUACACACUUCCUGUCGAUGCCAUAAUCCAAAAUGUGUUGUUGUGAACCGAGACAGCUGCAGGUCACAGUGUCAGUAAUCUGCAGAAAUCCAGAAGAUUAUUUCACUGGGUUUCAGUAAUCAGUGGAUUACAUUCCUAACAGUAAUCUGUAACAGAUUACACACAGAUUACCUGACCCUGGUGUUUUACAAAAUCAAUCCUUUCGUGUUUUGUAAACUCACAUAAACUCUAAACCAAGAUGUUCCUCACAGAGCGAAUGAAGCCUGCUGUUGUACUUUUAAUAUUCCAGAUGAUAUUUUUUUAUCCCUGCGUUGUCCAGCUGUCAGUGAACCUCCGACAAGUCGGGAUCUAAAAGUGAUUAAAGA